UGAUCUGAUCUAUAAAAUUACUGUGUUGUUGUAACUAUUGAAUGAAAUUGAGAAGUAUUUUGUUACAAACUUUCAUAUUAAUUUGUAUAAUCGAUUUAAUAUGAUGCAUUACGUUAAAUUUUCAGUUAAGGAAAUGGUUAUGAAAAUAUUUUAGAACCUCAAAAUGAUAUUAAUAAAAUAUACUAGUGUUUCAACUAUUUUUUAGAGUUUCAUUUGUAAUUUUCUAUUACGAAGAAGAAUGGCACGUAAGGUAAAAAAUGAUAUGUGACGGAAAUACGUGUCCUGAGAAAUACGUAGAUGAAAAAUUUUUCGGACAGGGUACCUGUGAUUCUGACAAAGAUGAAUUUAUAAAAAAUUUGAAACACGAAAAGUGCAAAAUAAUUCAGUUAGUUCGUCGACAAAUGCGUAAAUUUUAUGAUACUCAAUACAACGCAUCUUCAAUAUCAAAUGGAUGGCAAACAAGAUACAUGCAAGAAUCGCCAAAUAUGUCAUAUAUAGUAAAGCGCGAAAUGGAUAUAACAGAAGAUAAAAAUAAAGAAGCAACUGAUGUACCGGGAAGGAGUACAAUGUCAGAUGAUCAAGCAUUGUGUUUGCGUACCUUGGGAAAAAUUCGAAAAAAAAUUUGUAUGACAGUUUUAAUUGCUGGAAUCAUCAUACUGAUGACAGUGAUUUACGGCAUUUAUUUCCGCGCUUAUCUUUGCAAUAAUGGGAAAUCUUGCAUCACAUCCCUUCAGUACACUCACGUUAAAAAUGCAUUAUUUUAAAUAUGCACGACAAACAC